AAAGAGAAUCCGCAAAAGGUGCCGGUCCACUAAAUCAGACACAAACACAGGGCAGCCCAACACCGUACCAGUGUCUAUACCUUGCAGCAACACUAUGUCUGAUCCUGUAGGUCCUGGAGACACUGGCCAGGGCUACAUCGCUGGUUAUCCGCCUCAUCCAGAUCAAGGUCAGAUUCACUAUCCUUAUCCACCAGAGUCGAGCGGACAACCUGCUGUUCCUCCCAACCCUGGCUUUUAUCCUGAGUAUCAAAACCCUGUCUACCCUCCUGCCUUUGGACCUGGACUUCCCCCUGCUCAGCCGCCCCAGUGGAAUGCCCCUCCAACCCACUACAACCCAUCUGCACCUGUGAACUAUACACCAGUAAUGAGCAGUGCUCCUCCUGGGCCUGAACCCAGCGUGUUGAAUAUGAAUGAAUUGCCGCCAACUGCACCACUGCUCACACCUCACCCUGAGUCUCAACCAUCUGAUAGGACCAGCAUUUCUAUGGAUAUCCUUAACUCCAGUAACUCUGGUGUCAAGUUUGACGUGAACAAAGGAAAGUCUUCUGGCAGCAACUUCCUGUAGUUACUCCAAAAUCCUGAAUUAUCCCUGCACGGGAUGUAGAAACAAACACUUGUUUGUUAGAUUCAUACAAAAUCCAAGCCUUAAAAAGAAUAAUUAAUAAUUUUGGCCUUAGAACUAAUAGGACCUUAAUUAAAACUACUAUUUAAAUAGUUUAUGAUGAGACAUAUUCUUUCAGGACUCAGUCUAGCUUAAGUGCUAUAGCAGGAUAUUACAAUUUGAAGAAGAAAAAAAACGAAAUCCCUUUAUAUAUUACAUACUGUACAGUACCUCAAAUCCCUGUUAACUCUUUUCCCAUGAAAAUUUCCCAUGUCUUUUUUCUUACCUCUUAAUGUCACUCUCUUGCUGCUCUUUAAUAGCAGAAGAAAAAGCUGUUGAAUGAUACCAACGAUAUUUUAAAAAGCUACCUCCAUAUUUUCAGCAAAUUUUUUUCAUAUUAAAGUCGCAUUACAAUAUGGACAAAAGAAUGACUCACCCUCUGAAUGGGCUUUCAGCAACACCCAAUGUUGACAGAUAUGUAUAUUCAAGUGAAAAGCCAAGCAAUUUCCAUAGACACACACUAGUUAUGACCUGUCCUGAAGUUCAGUUUAAAGGUGAGUGUGAGCUACCAUUUUCACUUCAUCUAAUCUCUCCAUUCAGUCAGGCUGAAGAGGCUAUAUUCUACACUUUUGUGAAGAACUACUUGCGAUACGAAGCCAUUAUUUUAUUAUUGUAGGAUGUAG